AUGUUGAAGACACUGAGUUUUCAUGGGAAUAACAUUAACCUCACACAAACAACCUAUCCCAAAGAUGUAUUCCUCCAUCAGAAGCAAUUGGUCAUGCUGGACAUUAGCAAAAAUGAUAACUCCUAUUCAGGAUCCGACUACCCUGACAAGACACCAAUGGGUUUGACGUCUCUGCAAACACUCAUUGUAGAUGGACUAUUGAAUGCCACUUUUGGAGAGGGUUGUGCAUCUCUUACAAAACUUACCCAUUUGAAUCUCUCUGGACGGAAAGGUUAUUGCGGGAUCAGACACUUGUCCAAUAAUGCCUUCACCAAUCUGCCGUCUCUUCGGCUCCUGAAUAUCAGCUCCUGUAGACUCAACAUUAUUGACAGAUCGACUUUCUCUCCUUUGAAAAGUAUUUCUAUCUUGGAUGUAUCAGAUAAUGAAUAUCUUGGAUUUGAUAGACUCGGAGAAUCCUUUUAUGGCCUUAGACAUUCUUCUAUUCGCGUGCUUAAUGCUAGUCAUAUCGUACCAACGUUUGCCACUGGUAUAACAUUGAAAGCAAAGCAUGUGCAAUACCUGAAUGGCACAGGUAUCAAACAUAUGGAUUUUGCUUCAGACAGGAUUGAACUGAUUGAAACUGAAGUUUUGUCAGUAUUGUCAUCAUUGGAAACUAUUAACCGAUUCACUUUUGGGACGUAUCUUCUAGGCUUUGACAGGAUGGUAACUCUGACAGAACUUCAUGCUGCGAACCAAUAUGGUUCAAAUGUUCUACCUAUAACAGACUUUCCUUACCCAAACAAAGGCAUUAAGUUCCCAAAACGUAUUGAUGAUACUAACAACAUUUCACAACACACUGGGCAUCUUUCGAGUAUGAACAACAUAACUUUAAAUAACUCUGAAACGAACUUCAUAUCUGAGGACGUCAAGCGAAACAUAUAUUGGUACAGUUUUUUUAAGUUGAUGGAUCCACAACAAAAGGGAUACACAUAUCUGAAAAACGUUUUGGACUUUCAUAUAAAAAUUCCAAUGCCUCCAACCUUGACAUAUAUCAAUGUGUCCAAUAGUAGACUAGCUUACGAAAUCCCACAGAUUGAUUUAUACCACAAUAAAGUGAAGACACUUGACUUCUCAAAAAAUCUCCUGACAAAAUGGCAUGGUCCCGUGUCUCCCAUUGACAGAUUAGAGUUCUUAGACUUGUCUCAGAACUUUUGCAAUUUCAUGUCCAGUCAUUUUCUCAGUAAGGCCUACGCACUUCGUCAACUUAACAUCAGCCACAAUUACCUCGCUUUAUCCUUACAGAAUGACACCAUUGGCAAAUUGUUUCAAAAUGUAACUAAUCUGCUGGUUCUAAACAUUGCUUAUAAUUUAGCAGGAAUUCUACCUUUUUCCCUCUUUAAACAUCAACAUCGACUAGAAUAUCUAGAUCUCAGCUGGAAUCUUAUCACGUCAUGGACGGUCCAGAUAAGUCACAUGAAGAACCUUUCCUACUUGGACAUGUCGAACAAUCGGUUUGUAGACCUACCAAUUACACUUCGAAGCCAAAUUGAUGAAAUCAUGAAGAACAGAAAUGGAGACUUUCAUCUGAAGAUCAGUGGAAACUUGUUCAAAUGUGACUGUUCGAGUUUAGAUUAUUUCCAGUGGAUGUUGAAGAAAGAUGUCCUGGUGGAAGAUAUCAAUACAACACAGUGCCAGAUGGAUGACGGGACAUACGUCAGCCUGAAAAACCUAGAGGACAUUGUGCUGAACCUCCAACUAAGAUGUCACACAAUACUGCCGAUCAUAGGUGGGUCGGUAGCAGGGAUGGUGGUGUUCUUCACUAUUCUUAUAGCUGGCAUCAUCUACCGUUACCGAUGGAAGCUGAGAUACAUGUACUACUCCACCCGGAGAAGGUACAGAGGCUACCAGAGAUUGACUGGAGAGGAAGACAACUUCACUUAUGAUGCCUUUGUCUCAUAUGCUGACGAGGACAGGGACUUCGUGGUGCAGGAUAUGCGCAACGUUCUUGAGAGGAUACAUGGAGUGCGACUGUGCAUACAUCACCGAGAUUUCAUGGUUGGAGAGGCCAUCACUGCCAAUAUCUUAAACGCCAUACAAUCAAGCCGUAAAACCAUUGUUAUUUUGUCUCCAAGUUUCCUCAAGAGUUCCUGGUGUGAUUAUGAAGUCCACAUGGCCAAACUUGAGAGUAUCCACACUGGAAGGGAUGUUCUGUGCGUCGUGUGGGGUGAGAAAGAAAGAAAGAAGAAGAAACCUGCCAGGUGCCGAGCAAGAGCCAAGAACACCAUUCCUGCACCUGCUGUAGAAGUUCCUGUGUAG